AUGGGAGCCAGUGGGUCUGGCAAAACCACUCUCCUUGACAUCCUCUCCCACCGCAUCUCCCUCCCGUCCACACCACCUCAAAUGCCAUCUGCACUAGAACCCCUUCCUUCACCCUCCGCCUCUCCGCCUCCUGACAUCCCACCCUCAAUAGCUGCCCUCCCAACUCCCACCACCGCCCUCUCUUCUUCAAUAACUCUAAACGGAGCCCCUGUGACUCCCCUCUACUCUUCCACCCCUGCGCUUUCCCCUUCAAUAACUCUAAACGGAGCUCCUGUGACUGCCAGCACCAUGAGGCGGGUGUCAGCCUAUGUGAUGCAGGACGAUCUGCUGUUCCCGGCACUCACAGUGCGCGAGACGCUGCUGUUUGCAGCCGAGCUGAGGCUGGGGAAUGGCAGGGUGGGGCGGAGGGAGAAGGAGGAGAAGGUGGAGGGGCUGAUGCGCCUGCUGGGGCUCUCUCGAGUGGCGGAUUCACGCAUUGGGGAUGAGAACAGAAGGUACGUGAAUCGAGAUCCAAGAGUGUGGUAUGGUAUGACUGUGCCGGCGGGAGCAGUGGGGCAGAAGGAGAAGGUAGAGGGGUUGAUGCGCCUGCUGGGGCUCACUCGAGUGGCGGACUCACGCAUUGGGGAAGAGAACAGAAGGGGCGUGUCAGGAGGCGAGCGCAAGAGAGUAGCGAUAGGAGUGGAGAUGGUGGGAGACCCCUCGCUGCUCUUCCUAGACGAGCCCACCUCUGGCCUCGACUCCACCUGUGCCUUCCACGUCGUCAAGGCAGUGAGGGACGUGGCGAGAUUGCGGAACAGCAUCGUGCUCAUGGUGCUGCAUCAGGCAGUCAGGGACGUGGCGAGACUGCGCCUGAGCAUUGUGCUCAUGGUGCUGCAUCAAGUUAAACUAGGUGAAACCAUGGGAGGUGAGGUGAGGCCCGGUGAAAACUGGGUCCUCAAUCUCCUUGACAACCUCCUUCUCCUCGGAUCCGGGCACACGGUUUUUUGGGGCUGCCCGUCCGAGCUGCCAGGCUACCUCACGGAGUUUGGCUGCCCGGCGCCGGCCUUUUCCAACCCUGUGGAAUUCACGCUUGAUCUGAUCCAGUCGCUGCAGAUGGACGGGCAGCAGGAAGGGCAGGGAGGGCUGGGAGGGGAGACUGAGGGAGGGCAAGGAGGGCGGGGAGGUUUGGGAGGGACGAGAAGCCAGGAAGGGGGAAAUGUGGGUGAAAAGGGACAGGAGGGGCAGGAGGGACAGGACAGAUUGAAGGGAGGAGAGGAGCAGGAGGAUGUAGAGGCACAGGGUGGGGUCAAGGUGAAUGGCGGGGCACAACAAGCAAGCGGCGGUGCUGGUACAUCUGGCAUCCAGCGAUUGGCUGAGUUUCACCGGGAGUGGGUGAGAACGAAGGAGAUAAGAGCAGGAGCAAAAGGAACGGAGAGCAACCUUCAAGCAGCAGCGGAGGUUCUAGAAGCAGAGGUUGGUCAAAGGGAAGGCGAUGGAAAGAAGAGCAGGAGCAACAGUGGCACGCGUGGAGUGCAUGAGCGGCUGGCCUUCAUUGCCUUCCUCACAUGCACGCUCUUCUUCUCGUCGGGGGAUGCAACUCCCCUCUUCAUACAGGAGCGCAACAUAUUUGUGAGGGAGACGACGCACAACGCCUACCGCCCGUGCACCUACCUGCUGGCCUCCACGCUCGUCUACCUGCCGCUGCACCUCCUCAUGUCCCUCGCCAUCACCCUCGAAGCCUGGUGGUGUCUCAGUCUCACAGGAGGGGCGGCAGGGCUGGCCUUUAUGGUGCUCGUGUGCUUCUGCUGCCUCUUCACUGGGAAUGCCAUUGCCACCUUCGUUAGUGCCACAGUCAACAAUGUCAUUCUCGCCUAUGCUGUCGUCAUCACCGUUCUGGCCAACUUUGCCCUCGUCUGCGGCUUCUAUAUUGAGCGAGCCAGCAUACCCUCUUACUGGCUCUGGCUACACUACAUAUCUCCCCUGAAGUACGCUUAUGAGGCGCUUGCUCUCAACGAGUUUGACCGGGUGACCUCGCUUUGUUACCUUUCUGCACGUGAUAUCUACUCCUCUACACCGCUCUCAGUUCUGCUUGAUGAGGUGGAUGUUCAAAGGUCACUCGUUGCGCUGCGCCCUGCUCUGAUUGGUUCUCCGUUUGCUGAGGUGUCAACAUCCACCUGUCUUCAGACAGGUCCUGAGCUGGCAGCAUUCUACCUGGGCCUAACUCAGCUUGACAAGUGGCAAUGCGUGGCGAUCCUCUUCAGCAUUGGUCUUAAUCAAGGUUUUCUGCCUGCAGCAGCAGCAGCAGCAGCCAUGGAUUGGUUCUCGGCUCAGGUGACGUCGCUCGGGCUGGGAGAGCUCCCGGACAUUGCGGGUGCGGUGAACAAGCUGAGCGAAACGGUUAUGAACAUCGACACAUCGGGAUUCGACGGCGGACUGGGUCUCGACUUCCUCCCUCCUGUCAUCGAAGACAAGCCAGCGGCGAGCUCGUCCUCUCAGGCGACCAAGCCCAGAGCAACCACAGAUGGCGCUCGAACUGCUGCCGCUCCCCCCACAUAUCUGAUUCUCUCCUUUCCACCCGUAUCUCCCAUCAUAUUAUCCCACGCACUUUCAGACAAGCCAGCGGCGAGCUCGUCCUCUCAGACGGCCAAGCCCAGAGCAACCACAGAUGGGGCUCGAAAUGCUCCCGCUCCUCCCACAGCCACCGCUCGAGCUUCUGCUCCUGCCGCCGCUCCUACCGCCGCUUUUCCAGCGAAAGAUAAGGUCCAGGAGGCGGCAGUAGGCUCCAAGACUCCUGAGAAAGCAGCGUCAAAACCUGUCACUGGGACAGCUGAAGCGUUUCCGGCGAGAUCGGCUUUAACGGCUGAAAAUGCAUCGGCAGCAGCAGCAGGAGGAGGCUCAGCAGCAGGGAAUUUGGUGAAGGGAAAGGAAGCAGAGGCGAAGGCGGCAGUGGGUGGAGGUGCGAAACCGGAGGUCAGUGAGGGGAAGGACGAAGUGGUAAAGGAGGAGGAGAAGGUGGAGAAGGAGAAGAAAGCGGAGAAGAAACCGACCAAGAUAGUGAAGCUCGUCAAAGGGAAGCUGACCAAGCCACAGGCUGAGGCCGAAGCAGCAGCAACAGCAGGAGCAGGCGGUGAGUCUACCUUAGUGCCAUCUGCAGCUGCACCUAUCGUCUCACCAGCCUUGGAUACCCCAUCUGUGAUUGCAGCAGGAGAAGCAGCAGCAGCGCCAGUGGCUUCACCAGGAGUUGACGCUUCUGUCCAGAUUGCCUCAUCAGCAGCGGUAGCAAACCAGGAGGUGUCAAGCGGUGCUGUGGAUGGGGCAGGUGUCGUUGCGAAGGUAGAAGAGGGCGAGGAGGGAGGAGCAGGGUGGGCGAUAGACGAGGUGUUACCUGGUAACCAGGCCACGGUUCCUGCCAGUCCUCGUCUGGGCGACAAGCCGGAUGCUGAAUCAGCAACCUCUGCCCCCGAGCCUGUUGCUGCAGCUACGGCUGAAGCUGUUGCCGAAUCGGAGGUUGAGGAAGAGCCCAAACCUACACCAGGUUCGGCAGAAGGCGAAGCUGUUGCAGGAAUGGGAGCGUUUCAGGCAGAGGAAGGGGAGGGGUGGGCGGCAGUAAUUGAAGAAGAAGAUAUUGUAACGAAUGGGGGAGAAGCAGCUUUCCCUGGUACAGAUGCUGGAUCGAGAGAUGGCUUUAAGAAGUCAGAGGACGCUGCAGCAGGGGAUGACGCUGCAGGUGCUGCUGGUUCUGCCGCGGGUGUAUCUGCAGACAGUGCUGCUGUUGAUGCUGGUGCUGGGGCAGGUACUGGGGCAGGUGAUGACGGUGCCUCAGCUGCUGUGGCAGCAGCUAAUGCUUCGUCCACGCCUCUGCCGUUCAGCGGGUUUGAAGCAGCCUCAGAGGCCGUUUUCAGCAUAGAUGAUGGGGAAGGGGACGGGGAGGAGGACGGGGAGGGUGCCCCUGCGCCAUCCCCUGUCAAACCCUCCCUGUCACCACCAGUUAGGUCACCAGUCCAGUCGCCAGUCAAGUCACCAGUCAAACCACCUGUCAGAUGGGCUGCUUCGGAAGUCGAGGCAGCAGCAGGUGACGAAGCAGCUGCAGAAAGGGAGCCCGCAGUUGACAGCGGUGCUGCUGCUUCUGAAGGAGGCGAACGCGGCUGUGAAGCUGCUGUGCAGACGAGUGAAGAGGAAACAAGGUCUUUGAAUCAGGAAUCAGGGGCAGAGGAGGAGAAAGUGGUAACGCAGAUUGAUGUAGAAGCGGAGGCAGAUUCGGGGGAGGCAGAUUCAGGGGAGGUGGGCUUAGGGAAGGUAGACCCAGGGCAGACACAUGCAGGGGAGGGGGCAGAUGUGCCGUCUGAAGAAAGACUCAUGCCUGCUGCUCCAGCUGCUGCUGAAGGUGCUGAAGCUGCCGCAGCAGCAGCUGCUGCUGAAACUGCUACCGCUGUUGCUGCUGAAGCUGCUGCUGCUCAAGAGGGAGUGGAAGGAGCGUGGGGAGAAGGAGGGCGCUCUGCUGCUGGGAAUGGCCUUGUGAACGAGCAGCAUCCAGUGAGUCCAUUUGAGAAAAUGGGUGCAGCAGAGAAAGCGGGUGCAGCUGGUACGGAUGGGAAUGGAUGGGCUGUGGGCAGCGGUAGGGCUGAGGAAGAGGCGGUUCCUGCUGGUGAUGUUCCUGGGGAGGAGGUGGCGCCUGGGGUGGUGGUCAAUGGGGAGGGUGUACAAGGCACAGCAGGUGCAGGGGCAGGGGAAGCAGCAGCAGGCGCGGUUGCCUUAGUGGAUGCAGCAGCGGCAGAGAUGGUGGGAAGCGAUACAGCAGCAUCGGUUGAGGCUGGUUCUGCUGCUGCUGCUGCUGCUGCUGCUGCUGCUGUGUCUGUGGCUGAGAAUAUUUCAGACGCUGGUGCAACGGAGGCAAGGGGAGCGAAUGAGAGUGAAGGUUCCGACGGAGCAGCAGCAGCAGCAGAGGCAGUGCCUGCUGAAAAACCGCCACCAGAAGCUGCUGCUGCAGAAAAAGGUUCUUCCGUUGAACAGGCAGCGACUGUCGCAGCAGUAGCAGCAGAAGGGGAAGCGCUGUCUGCUGAAACGGCAACAGCAGCAGCAGCAGCAGCAGCAGUGGCAGCAGCAGAAGCCCUAUCCACAGAGAAGGCAUCAUCAGCUGCAGCGGCAGCAGUGGCAGAGGCUCUCUCGUCCGAGCUCCAAGCGGAGUUGGUGAGAGUGAAGAUGGAGCUGGCAACCAUGGAGAGUGCCUUGCAGAAUGCGGGCAAGCAGGCACAGACCAAGGCGGACGAACUGGCGAGAGCGAUGACUGUCAACGACGAGCUUCGGGCCGAGCUUGAAGAUUGGAAGGUGAGCGACUGGGCAAGUGGUUUGCAGAAUGCGGGCAGGCAGGCACAGACCCAGGCGGACGAGCUGGUGAGAGCGAUGACUGUGAAUGAUGAGCUUCGGGCCGAACUGGAGGACUGGAAGGCGAAAAAGAACAAUGAUGCGGAGCUCGAAGCUCUACGGGAGGAGUACCAGCACCGACUGGGGGCAGCUGAAAGAAAGGUGUAUGCGCUGACCAAGGAGCGGGACAUGCUGCGGCGGGAGCAGAGCCGCAAGGCGGACACGUCGACGCUUCUUAAGGAGAAGGACGAGAUCAUUCGGCAGGUCAUGGCGGAAGGCGAGGAACUUUCCAAGAAACAGGCUGCACAGGAAGGGGCCAUGAAGAAGCUUCGCACUCAGCUCCGCGAGAUGGAGGAGGAGAGGACCCGGCUACAAAAUCGGCUGCAAGUGGAGGAGGCUCGAGUGGAGAGCAUCAAGAAAGACAAAGCAGCCACCGAAAAAGCCCUUCAAGACGCAGUAGAGCGCGGGCAGGCGGAUCUCGCUGCCCAAAAAGACUUCUACGUUUCUGCCCUUUCAGCUGCCCGGGAGGCGCAGGCAGCAGCCGAGGCGCGGGCGGACAGCGAGGCAAAGGCGGAGGCAGAGAGAAAGUUGAAGGAGGCGGGGGAGAGGGAGAGGGCGCUGGUGAUGACUGUGGAGGAGCUCAGACAGGCUCUCACGCGGAGCGAGCAGCAGGCAGGGUUCCGAGAGCAGAUGCUGCGGAGGGACCUUGAGGAUAUGGAGAAGAGGUGUCAGGCAGCGGAGGCUCGGCACGAGGAGCUGGUGGCGCGGAUACCAGAGUCGACCCGCCCGCUGCUGCGGCAGAUAGAGGCGAUGCAGGAGUCGGCCAACACGCGCAUGGAGGCUCUUUCAGGGGUGGAGCGGGCAUUGAAUGCGCGGCUGCAGGUGCGUGUGUGCCUGUGGUUACAGGUUGACUGUGAAAGCAUGCUGCGGCAGAUAGAGGCAAUGCAGGAGUCGGCCAGCACGCGCAUGGAGGCGCUGUCUGGUGUGGAGCGGGCAUUGAAUGCCCGGCUGCAGGAGGCGGAGGCGAAGGCGGCAGUGGCGGAGGAGAGGGAGCGGGUGACGAGCGAGCGGCUGAACCAGACGCUGUCCCGCCUGGCAGUCAUGGAAGCCCAGCUCUCCUGCCUGCGCGCCGAGCACUCCCAGCUCUCCCGCUCCCUCGACAAGGAGCGCCAGCGGGCGGCAGAGAACAGGACGGAGUAUCUGAGUGCGCAGGAGGCGAAGGUUGCAGCGGAAGGGCGGGUGAAAGUGGUGGAGGAGGAGUUGAGGGAGGUGAAGGGGCGGUGGCGGAAAGAAGUGCAGGAGGAACGGCAGCGGAGGGAGCUGGUUGAACAGGAACUGGAGAGCGAGCGGGCAUCCAUGGCUGAGCACGAGAGGAAGAUUCGGGCAGAGGGACGGGCUGCAGCAGAGAAGGCAUUGGUUGCAGCGCAUGCAGCAGCAGGCUCGUCCUACCCUGAGCUCUCAGUGCGCCAGUCCCUCCGCCGGGUCCCCAGCAGCAGCAGCGUGGGCAGCAGUGCCAUUGAGGAGGCAACAGCGUCGGGCAUCCUCGCGGCCUCGCUGCUCCCUGAAGGCUCCUCCUCCCACUCUGACCUCCUCACUGGAGCGAUAAUAGUGCGCCAGUCCCUCCGCCGGGUCCCCAGCAGCAGCAGCGCGGGCAGCAGUGCCAUCGAGGAGGCAACAGCGUCGGGCAUCCUCGCGGCCUCGCUGCUCCCUGGAGGCUCCUCCUCCCACUCUGACCUCCUCUCAGGGGCGAUUAUCGGCGGCACCAGCAGCAGCGGCGGGGGGGGCGGGGGGUUUGGGAUGCUUGGUGCUAGUGCGUCCAUGGGGGCGUUGGGGGGAGGAAUGGGGGGAGGGAUGGGGGGAGGGGUGGGGAUGGGGUAUGGAGGGGCGAGUGGUGGAGGUCUGCUGAGGCCCAGUGCUGCGAAUGCUGCGACUGUGGAGCAUUUGGAGUCGCUUCUGAGGCAGAAAGAUGGAGAAAUCGCCACUCACACUGCAAGACUGGCCGCACUGGAGAGCACCCGUGACUCGCUAGCUGAAGAGCUUGUAAAGACGACGACGCAGUGUGAGAGUCUGCGCAGUGAGGUGACCCAGCUGCCAGGGCUGAAGGCAGAGCUUGAGGCAAUACGGAGGCGGCAUGCUUCUGCUCUGGAGCUGAUGGGGGAGAGAGACGAGCAGCUGCCUGGGCUCAAGGCGGAGCUGGAAGCCAUCAGGAGGCGGCAUGCUUCUGCCCUGGAGCUCAUGGGGGAGAGAGACGAGCAGGUACAGUUGGGUUGGGAUGUGGAGGAGCUAAGGGCUGACCUGAUGGAUGUGAAGCAGAUGUAUCGCGAGCAGAUCGACAUGCUGGUGGAUCAGGUAAGGAGGGGAUGGGGGAAGAAUGGGGUGAUAAGAUGGGGUGACGGAACUUGA